CAGUUGUGAUCACAGGCUGUAGUCAGUGUAAUUACAAGACGCACUUCCCCAGUCUACAGGCAAUCACAGGGAUUUGUUAGUCAAACUGUUUCAGCACCGAAUAUACUUGUCGGCGUAUUAAAGUUGUGCUGGGAAAUGGUGGAACAAGGAAGAGGCACGGAGGACCCGCCAACUGACCUCCAGUCGUCACGAAUUUGCAAAGAAGUGCCCGAAACAGCGAGGGAUUUCAGUAAAUGCGAGGAUUUGAGGAUGAGAGGGGAAGAUAGUCAGGACGUUCCCGAGAAUGUGAAGUGUGACAGGGAAUGCUGUGACAGAGUGGGCACCUCUCCCACGACGUCACCACACAAUAAGAACCCUACUUCCCAAAGAACCCAGAUUUCCUUCAGUGUAGAGUCAAUCAUAUCAAAAGACAGUGACGUUUCCACAUCUCGAUCGUCUUCCAAACACAUAAGCAGUGGUGGUACGCCGAGUCACUUGGACAAUCCUUUUUCUGUGGUAGAUAUCUUACGCCGACCCGAGUGUUUGAAGACGGCUCGCCGGCCCGUGGACGCUCCCCAGGGCCCUCUCCGACCCGUCCCUCAUCACACGAACCCCAGGUGGACCCUGCCAACCAGCCCAGGUUUCCAUCCCUUCAACCACGCUUCCCAGAUGUCGCCUCUCUCCAGGCCGACCUCGCCACCGAGAAUGAACCCCCAGAAAAUGACCCUGAGAAAGCACAAGACUAAUCGUAAACCACGGACCCCUUUCACUACCUCUCAGUUGCUGUCUUUGGAGAAGAAGUUCAGAGAAAAGCAGUAUUUAUCCAUCGCCGAAAGAGCCGAGUUCUCAGCUUCACUCAAUUUGACUGAGACCCAGGUGAAAAUCUGGUUCCAGAAUAGACGGGCCAAAGCGAAACGACUACAAGAGGCGGAGUUAGAGAAACUCCGAAUGGCCUCCAAACCGAUGCUUCCACCGGCGCUGGGCAUCACUUUCCCGGCGGCGGCUGCUCUCUUCAACGGCAGACCGACGUACCUACCUCAGGGGAUAGUCCCGCCUUACGCAGCCUAUUACCCAGCCUUCUCCAGCGCCUCGCCUCAUAUGAUACACUGACAGUGACUUUCUUACAAUCACAGAUGCCAAAGUGGACAAUUAUAAUUUAUCUCAGAUAAAAACAACUUACAUUCGAUGAUGCCAGGGGACUGUUUACAUUAUAGCGUCGACACUGUCAAACCACAAAAAUGUCAAAUUGGCUGUUAGUCUAUGAGCUUUCGUUAUUAUUUUGUUUUUAUUUACAUCUCAUGAACUUGGAUCCAGAUGAACUGUGGCAGUGUGACUCUUUUACAGAAUGAACUCUCCCCAGUGUAGGGACGUGCUACAAUGACUGAACUAUGCCCUACUACCGGCUCGUCAGUGCUAUUAUUGUCA